AGCUACUCAGAUUUCAGCACCAAGAUGUCUCGGCUUCUGAUGAUCUUGUCGGUAUUGAUGGCGGUCACUUGGUCAACCAGAAUAAUAGAUCUAUCCCACAAGCACGGACCUGAAACGUUGAUGUUUGCGGACUUUCCAAAUUUCAGGAGAUCUGAUAUAUUUAAGGGUGACAUCUUUCCUGGUGUUUUCUUUACUUACGGAAAAUAUUCUAGUGGAGAACAUGGAGGAACACACAUGGAUGCUCCAGUUCAGAUUGUGAAAGGUGGUAGGUCAAUCAGUGAUAUUCCAUUGGAAGACAGGAUCGCCGUGGGAGUUCAGAUUGACUGUUCACAAGAAGCCGCAAGAGACCGUGGUUUUCUUGUUCCUGUUCAAAAGAUACUGGACUGGGAGAAGGCAUACGGGCGGAUUCCCAAUCAAGCCGCUGUCAUUAUGAACUUUGGCUGGUCUUCUAAAUUUAACAACAGAACACUCUACCUUGGAAAUGACGACAUUUAUUCUUAUGUAUUUCCAGCCGUCAGUGCUGAAGCAGCGGACUGGCUUUACACCAACCGCCACAUCAAGAUGUUAGGGACUGAUACAUACACACCUGACCCGCUUAGCGUCAACGGUGUGAAGAAUCUCAAAGGCCCAGAACGGUUACCACAUACUGGGUUCAUAUUUCAUGCUUCCCCGGUCAAGUAUGUGGGAAACACCGCCGCACAAGUCCGCGCGUACGCCGUGAUCGAAGAGGCCAGUACCACCACAAAACCGGGGUCUGGUUAUUAA